UGUCAAUGCGACCUCUGUUGUCCCAUCUUACUUUCCGUACAAGAGCUCACAUGACUGUCCGGUUUAUAGGUGAAACUUCCUUCUCAAAUUGUUCAAAGUUUUCUUUUUGUUCGAACAAAAAUGCUCCUGGUGUUGUUGGUGCUGUCGCUGGUGGCGGUUCGCGGGUCCAGCAGGUGUCCGUGUGUCCGACCAGAACUCUGCCGGCACAUCCAGGAAGAGAGAGACUUCGAGGUGUUUGUCUUUGAUGUGGGAGGAAAGGCAUGGAAAUCCUACAACUGGAGCAUGGUGACGACCUUGGCGAUGUUUGGACCGUAUGAUGCUGAGCUCAUGUGUCAUGCGCACUCUAAAGGUGCACGAGUCGUCCUCAAAGGGGAUGUUCAUUUGUCUUCUAUUGUGGACAAAUCCAACAGAACAACAUGGAUAACAGAUCAGGUCAACCUGGCCAAAAGACAGUUCAUGGAUGGCAUUAACAUUGAUAUUGAGCAAGCAGUGGAUGAAGGCUCGCCAGAGUACUACGCCUUGACAAAUCUGGUCAAAGAGACCACUGCAGCCUUCCACAAGGAAAUCCCAGGUUCCCAGGUCUCCUUUGAUGUUGCCUGGUCACCCAAAUGUAUUGACAAGCGUUGCUAUGACUACGUGACCAUCGCAGAGUCCUGUGACUUGCUUUUUGUGAUGUCAUACGAUGAGCAGAGCCAGAUCACCGGGGACUGCAUUGGCAUGGCAAAUGCCCCACUCCUCCAAACACUAGAAGCCUAUCAAGAAUAUAUAGACCUGAAGAUUGAUGCUAAGAAGCUGGUCAUGGGAGUACCAUGGUAUGGCUAUGACUAUCCCUGUGUCAACCUUUCCCAGAAGGGCGCUUGUUAUAUAGAGAAAGUUCCUUUCCGCGGCGCUCCCUGUAGCGAUGCUGCAGGACGGCAAAAACCAUACGAGUGGAUCAUGAAGCAGCUCAACAGCUCCAUGUCAGGAAGACUGUGGGAUGACGAGCAGAAAGCUCCCUACUUCUAUUACAAGGACCAGAAUGGACAAAUUCAUCAAGUUUGGUACGAUGAUCCACAGAGUAUUUGUCCCAAAGCAGACCAUGCUAAGGCUAAAGGCCUGAGAGGCAUUGGCAUGUGGAACGGCAACAUUCUGGACUACAGCCACGACCCUGUUGCCAUGCAGCAGACUGCAAUGAUGUGGAACGCCUUGUUAGGAUGCUAGCUGGGAUACGGUGCAGCCAGCUGGAAGAAUUUACAAGAUCCAGAGAGAACCAUUGUUCUAUCUGCUGCCAGUCCUUUUGUAGCAGUAAUGGGUUGUGGUUUGCCUCCAUAAGGCAUUUGAACCAGCUCCUGCCUUUAAACGCAGUAGCAAAUCAAGUCUUCCAGAAAGAUUUAUUUCAUAUGAUUUGUUCCUGAAAUGUUUCAUUUUCCAGAAUCACUCAUCUAAGAAGUGACACUCCAUGUUUUUUGAAAUAUUUUUAUGAAAGAUCAAAAUGAGGGGAAAAAAAGUCAAGUUAUAAAAACAACAUGGAGUCUGACAGAAAAUCCCAGUUUGGAAUUUUGUUCCACAUCAGAUGCUUUGAACAUGCAGCCCAGUCCAUGCAGGGUCUCCCUUAAGCUGACUUUUCUUCUGGAGCAGCUCCGCCUUCAGGGCCUUCAGCUCUGCAGCAGCCUGCUUCCUCAACUGCAAAUUAGAAGAGAAAACGUCUUUUCACAAGCACAUUUAACGAUAAAUCACCUUUCUAAAUUGUCACCCAUUUUCAAACGAUGGUAAAGGUGUUGAAGAAAUAAAUGUCUUACUUUGAUCUCUGCUACCAGCUUCAUCUCUGCAUCUUCUACUUUUCUCUUUAGGUUGUCAAUCUCGUAAGUUUCCUUCAUGAUUAGAACGGUGAGCUCAUUCUGAAAGAAAGAGAUCUUAUUUUUUUUACUUUUUGAUUAAAUCUGUACUAACAAGAACAUAAUUAUUGUUGUUUAUUGCAAAUUUGAUUUUCUGAAUAUGUUUUAAAAAUAAAAAAAGAUAUUUCAAUAUGCUGUUUUUGAUGGAUCAUAAAAUUAAAGUUUCUAAAUAAAA